GGGCGAGGUGGCCGCGGAGAGUCGCGUGCGCGCCGGUUCCUCCUUCUGGGUCCUCCUCCGGCCCGCCCGCUGCUCCGCGCUCCGCGGCUCGCGCUCUCGGCAUGGCGGUCCCAGCAGCCCUGGCGGCCCCGCGGGCGGCGCGCCUCCUGCUCCCGGCGCUCAGCGCCUGCCGCGCGCUGCAUCUCUCGGCGGCCAGAAACGAAGCCGUGGUGAUUUCUGGAAAGAAGCUGGCCCAGCAGAUCCGGCAGGAAGCCCGGCAAGAAGUGGAGCAGUGGGUGGCCCUGGGGAACAAGCGGCCCCACCUGAGCGUGGUGCUGGUGGGGGAGAACCCGGCCAGCCACUCCUACGUGCUGAACAAGACCAAGGCCGCCGCGGAUGUGGGAAUCAGCAGCGAAACGAUUCUGAAGCCCGCCUCCAUUUCCGAGGAAGAGCUUCUGGACCUGAUCAGCAAGCUCAACCAUGACGACAACGUGGAUGGCCUCCUGAUCCAGCUCCCUCUUCCUGAGCACAUCGACGAGCGAAGGGUCUGCAACGCCGUGGCCCCCGAAAAGGACGUGGACGGCUUCCACGUGAUCAACGUGGGGCGCAUGUGCCUGGACCAGGACUCCAUGCUGCCCGCGACGCCCUGGGGCGUGUGGGAGAUCAUCAAGCGGACGGGCAUCCCCACCCUGGGCAAGAACGUGGUGGUGGCCGGCAGGUCCAAAAACGUGGGCAUGCCCAUCGCCAUGCUGCUGCACACGGACGGCCGCCACGAGCGCCCCGGAGGGGACGCCACCGUGACCAUCUCGCACCGAUACACGCCCAAGGAGCAGCUGAAGAAGCACACGAUUCUGGCCGAUAUCGUGGUGUCCGCCGCAGGCAUCCCCAAACUGAUCACGGCCGACAUGAUCAAGGAAGGAGCCGCCGUCAUCGACGUGGGCAUCAAUCGGGUUCACGAUCCCGUCACGGACAAGCCCAAGUUAGUGGGAGACGUGGACUUUGAAGAGGUCAAGAAGAAAGCCAGUUACAUCACCCCGGUCCCCGGGGGGGUGGGCCCCAUGACGGUGGCCAUGCUGAUGAAGAACACCAUCAUCGCCGCCAAGAAGCUGCUGAAGCCCGAGGAGCGCGAGCCGGGGAAGGCCAAGGAGUUGGCGGCGGCCAGCUCUUAACCGACGGGGGCGUCUCGUUAGCGAAAGAAAGCAGAAACAUUCCGAGUCAUUUUUCAAAAAAGCAAAACAGGCCGAUAGAAAUGCAAUAUUUUAAUUUAUUCUGCUGAUGUGAUUUUCUGAUAUUUGUUUGCAGUCAGGCUAUUUAUUGAAGCGUUCAGGGUAGGCAGCUAGGUGCGCUCAGAUACCCCUCGUUAGUGGCCGCGGGGCGCCCUGCGCCCACUGGCAGGGGCAGCUCUUGGGAAUCGACCCAUGGGACCCUCACCACGGCAGCUCGAAGACCCCUUAGGGGGUCCCUUAGUCACUGCAUUGUUGUCAUCAGGGGGCUUAGUAAAGUCAGGCGGCCGUACUUCGGCUCCUGAACCUCGUCCGAGGCCCCCUGAGGGAGGGUGCUUCGGUUACAGUCUCACCUUUGUGGUUCAAACGAGGGCAGAGCCCUCUGGGGAAUCUGAAACACGGCCUGAGAUACUGCGGUCCCCUGGCUCCCAUGGACACACCCCCACUAGUGUCUGGCCCCAGCGAAGGUGGCGCUCCUUCGGGCCGGAGCUUGAGCCUUCAGCCCGGAAGCGUUGCCCAGGGGCCGGCCGACAGCCCUGUCCGUUCUGUGCGCACUGUGGGAGCUAGUGUCCUGGACUUCAUUUCCAAGGCCUCCACGUUGGACCUCAAGGUCACGAUUCAGACUCCACACAGCGCCUGGAACGGAAGCGAGGCUGGAAAAGAAGCUCUUGGGGCCGGUUUGAGCUCUGGGGCACGGGAGGAGUUCGGGGGGCACUUCCUCCUCAGACCUGGGGAAAGGGGCCAGGGCCGGCCGGGGCUGAGCCUGGCACUCUCCUAAUAACCAAAGAAUUUGCAGUGGCUCCUGCUUUCUUUCCCCUUCGGUCCCUGUUGCCUUUCCUAAAAGUCUUUGAAAGCUUGCAGUGCUUACUCAGUUUACCUAACCAGAUUUUUGAUUAAAGCAGUUUUUUUAAAAAAAGAAAGAAA